ACAACGUGGGGCUGUCUUGACUGUGUUUUCCGAAGUGGAGGCUGAUUUGACCACAGUAUUAUUUUAAGGCAUCUAGGUAGGCAUAGACACAGGAUUAUAGUAUGUGGGGUUAAUUAAUUCAUGGUCUUCAGAUAUUACAUGUUGGUGCGAUAACACUACAUGAACUACGGUAACGAAUGCCAGCCAUUCAAGUUUCUCGUUGCGAGGUGUAGCGGAAGACCUGCGUGGUCCUGACUGCAAGAUCCCACCGGCUGUAAACGAACCCGGCUACAGGAAGGAGAAACCGUGAAUGGAAUAUGGAGUGUAUUCCAGUGGCUAUUGAUGAUCUUGAGGGCAAAAAGGACCCUGUCAUAGAAGACCCAGAGCACAAUGUGUACACCAGGUUUAUGAAGUCCCAUCGGUGUUAUGACCUCGUACCUACCAGCUCCAAACUUGUUGUGUUCGAUACAUCACUUCAGGUGAAGAAAGCCUUUUUUGCUCUUGUUUCUAAUGGGGUAAGAGCAGCGCCUCUGUGGGACAGCAAGAAGCAGUGCUUCGUCGGUAUGUUGACCAUCACAGACUUUAUUAACAUCCUUCAUCGCUACUACAAAUCUCCAUUGGUCCAGAUAUACGAGUUGGAAGAACACAAAAUUGAAACGUGGCGAGAGUUGUACCUGCAAGACUCUUUUAAACCCUUGGUUAGCAUUUCUCCCAAUGCGAGUUUGUAUGAUGCAGUAUCAUCCCUGCUGAAGAAUAAGAUCCACAGACUGCCUGUCAUCGACCCCCUGUCCGGGAACACACUCUAUAUUCUCACUCACAAGAGGAUUCUCAAGUUCCUCAAGCUUUUUAUAUCAGAGAUGCCAAAACCCUCUUUCCUGGGACAAACCUUAGAGGACCUGAACAUCGGAACGUUCAAAAACAUAGCAGUGGUCCGCACAGACACACCGCUGUACACGGCGCUGGGUAUGUUUGUUGAACAGCGAGUGUCAGCGCUCCCCGUCGUGGAUGACAAAGGUCAUGUGGUGGAUAUAUACUCCAAAUUUGAUGUUAUAAAUCUGGCUGCAGAGAAGACGUACAACAACCUGGACCUGACGGUGACAAAAGCCUUGCAGCACCGUUCUCAGUACUUUGAAGGAGUGCUGACCUGCAACAGGCACGAGACCCUGGAGGCCAUCAUCAACAGACUUGUGGAGGCCGAGGUGCACAGACUGGUGGUGGUGGACGAGCAGGAAGUGGUGAAGGGAAUAGUCUCCCUUUCAGAUAUUCUCCAGGCAUUAGUCCUAACCGAUGGGGAAGAGUGCACAGCUUGAGGAUGUUUCUGAAACAAGAAAGGCUACACAAUUUUAAGAGCAAAUGGAGAGAGAACAGGCAUGUGUAUAUUGAAGUACCAUCACCUAUCUCCUGUACCCAGACUUCCUAUAUUAACACGUGAAUACUUCGCCUUCUCUGCUAAAAUAUAAAGCUUUAGCAACACAGCAAGAUAAAAUGGUAGUAGCAUAAGACAUACAGAAGCUCAAAUUCCAAGCAAGGAGAGAUGUGAAGACCUCUGGAUGAGGAGCCGUCUUCUCUGAGCAGGCAUCAUUCCCACCGCUGUGCUCCAUGAUCUUAGGCCAGUCAUUAUGGCUCUUAUCACAAAUUCCUUCACAUCAGUUUAAAUUAUAUAAUCGGUCACUAGCUAAAUAAAAACGGAUUUACCUGUAAUGCCUUUUGAUGGCAGAAUUACAUUUCUUUAAUACAGCUGGAAUAUCAAUGCACAAAAGGCAAGCCUAUGUCAAAGACUUUUAAACACUGUUUAUUUUUCAGAUUAAUAUUUGGUGUGCAUUGUUGUUCUGGGAAGUUCCAACUUUAGCCUGUGUCCUGUACUUUGUACAUAAAUGAUUUGUUUUUUCUUGACAAAAUGAUCUUGUUUUUCCAAUUGGUUUUAUUAUUUAGACGUGGUUGGAGGAUUCGUAAAAAUGUUACCUAGAAAAAUCUAAAACUUAAUUUUGAAGGUUAUAUGGUUGCAGAAGUAUGUAUCUGUAUGUGUGUCUCUUAUACUCUAGCUUAAUGCUACACUUUGUUUAGCUCAAUUAAUCAUACAAACUCUAGACUUUGAAGGAGACGGCUAGUCGUCUGCACUGGUCAUUUGUGUUAGAAUAUGAUUUCACAGGUAAAACGAAAAAGCCCCGGUCACGGUCUGACUACAUUUGAAAUAAGCCAGGAAUUGUUUCAACUAUUAAAUCAAUUGAUUACAUGUUAAAGGUGCGAAGAAUAUAAGGACUCUGGAUCAAAUUAGUUGUGAAGCCAGACAACAAUGUAGCUGAGAGAAUGGAUCUGUUUUGUUCUAUCUAUAAAAUGUCAGAAAACUCAGUUUCUCUAUGUCCAAGGUGAUGUCUUUAGAUGUCAUGUUUUGUCGGUUCAAACCCCAAAAUAAUCAAUUUCACAUGAUCCACAAACAGAGAGAAGCAGGAAAUGUCCAUAUUGAAGAGGCUGAAAAAGCCUUUCUAUAAUGACUAAUCCAUUAUUCAAAACAGACUCGCCUACUCAUCGUUACAACUCUAGCCUUAGAAGAGUUUAAUAAUAUUAGGCUGUCAAGAGAAGGUCAUUGGUGCAAUUCAGAAGAGUAUCAAUGAAUCCUGGAGGAGAUGACCAUUAAAUGCUCUGGAUAUAUGGAUUCUGUGUUUUGCCAUUUUGUCUGUUUUUCAUGUGUGACAACAUGUUUAGUGGAUUGUAUAUUUGACUUUAGAAAGACAUUUUUUCUCUGCCCGUUUUGUUAAUCACACUUUGGGUUUUUGGCAUUAUUAUCGUUAAAGGGACUUAACUAUUGCUACAAAUGAGCUUUAGUUUUUGAAAGUUUGGUCCACCUAAAAACAAAUGGUCAAAUGAACAUGUCUGUGGCAUUGAUUGCUUUAUGAUUUCUACCUUUUUAGUGUGUUCUGUUGGUGUCAGUCACAGUCAGUGAUGAUGUGUGAUGUCUGCUGCGUUCAGUUAAACAUUUCAUGUUAAUUGUAUUUAGGGGACUUUAUCAAAAUCACUCAAUACCAGCAUUUCCCUUUUCCAUUUUCAAAAGAGGAUGGGCCAGGAACCUGUCACACUUCCUGUUUCUACAUAUGUAAAUUGUAAACGCACAGAUAUGCAUUGAGAUUAACAUUGGAAGGAUGAGCAAUAAAAGGUUCUUAAAGAGAUUGGUAUUAUUGUUAAAUGUUUUAUAUGACCAGAUAUAACCUUAAUCUAAAGAUGUAACCAGGUAGCUGAUAUAAAAUUGAUUCACACCGCAACAUUAAACUGUUCGGUGAACCAGCAUUAAGUCAUUUGUCCAGUUUUAGAUAGUGGAAAAAAGCACAUAACAAAAUAACAUCAUCACCUCCAUAUGGCAACCUUUUUAAAUACAAAUUUGAGGUUUGUACUUUAUUAUAUGAGUUGGUCAUAGAGAUAUUGACCCAUGUGAUUGUAACUUGGACUUGAGUCGGCUAAAUGUACUGUUUUGAUGAUUAUUUUUACAGAAAAUAAAUGACAUGAUACUAAA